AUUAGUUAUUUAUAAAAAUGUUUGUAAAAUGUAUUAGUGUUGUUGUUUGUACUAUUUGUUUUUUAUACACCUUUUAUAUUUUAUGUAAUUUGACAUAUUUUUUAUCGAAUGUGUCGAAUAAAGAUAAAGAAACGAUUACUUCGUCAGAAAAAGAUGAAGAUACAGAGUCUGUAUUAUGGUUGCUAAUAAUAAACAUGUCUCUAUUAAGUACUUUCAUGUUCCAACAUUCACUUAUGGCAAGUGAUAUUGUGAAAUAUUUAUUUUGCAAAUUACAUAUGGAUUAUAUGGAAAGAAGUAUUUAUAAUGUUGCUAGUGCUAUGACUCUUCAUUUAUUAUUUAAUAAAUGGCAAACUAUUUCAUCUAUUGCAUUAUGGAAUGUUAAUAUCUCUUUUAAUAAUAUUUUGUGGUUUACAUUUACUGCUUUACAUGUAUUGGCUUGGUCAAUAAUUUAUAGUGGAUGUUUGAUGAUGGAUAUAUCUGAAUUAGUUGGAAUAAAACAAGUAUAUUAUAAGUUUUCAUUUAGACCAAGUCCUAUGCUAAUGAAGUCAAAAGAAUUGUUACGUUAUUACUCACACAUGAGACAUCCAAGUUUUACAGGAUUUCUUAUUAUUUUAUGGGUGUAUCCUCAUAUGACAUUAGACCGAUUAUUAUUGGCUUUGAUACUCUCAAUUUACAUGACCUUAAUGUGGACUAUUGACAAGGAAGAUUACAAUUAUCAUGCUAAUCUUGUGAAGAGAAAACAAAGAGAAUUAUUCUGAUUUUCACUUAUACAUACUAGUUUGCUUUAUCGACUUUUGUGUUCAUUACAAUUAAGUUAUAUAUUCAGUCGUUCUAACAUUAGUUUAAAAGCUUUAUAUUGUAAAAAGCGAGUAGAACUGCAACAACAAAAUUAGUACUAUGUCCAGUUGUGGAUAAUACACCUGCUCGAACUGCUGUUUUAUACAAAGGGCAAAUAUAUCUUGAAUCAUCUUUUGGUAAUUCUAAUACUGGAUUUAUAUGUAAAACUGGAAGAGAUGGAUUCAUUUCACCUAAAAUAGAUCAUUUAUUUGCCUUUCAUGCAUGAUAUAUUAUUUAAAGAGUAAUAUUUUCUGAAAUUUUUUCAAAUUUUUUACCUAUAUUUGCAUCUACUAAAUGCAUGGAUCCAAAAUCCCAUCUACCAGCAUCAAUAAAUAACCCAUGUAUUAAAACUCCAUCUUCUGGUACUUGUAAGUUUUUAUAUACUUGUAUUACCUAAUAUAUUAUAUCAAUUAUCUGAAUGAAUCAUUCUUUUGUUGCAUAAUAUUUAAUUGUGGUAAAAUAUUUAUAAUGAUCAAACCUCCUUUUCAGCCUUUUUGUGCUCUAUUUCAAUAUCUUCUUGAUCAAGAACAACUUUGGUAGCAAUAAAAUCCAACUUUAGGUGGUCUAUAGGAAUAUUAUACUUUCUAGCACAUGUUUGUAACAUGCCAGUUAAAAAUCCUUGCGGAAAGGAUAAACCCGAAAUCCAAAAAGAAAUUGGCUUUAUAUCAAUCAACCAAAUCUGUAAUGUAUAAUACUUACUAAACUGGUUAUUUUUUAUA